GGGAAGCGGAGGGGGGGCGCACAGUGUUCGUGAUCAUGCUGAUGAUGACCGUGGACAAGACAGGGGACGGGCAGGGAAGUGGUGAUGUUCAUGAAGGGGUCGACGAAGAUCCCCUGAUAGUCCUCAAGAAGAGAAGGAAGGAUGUAGAGGAGGGAUGCAAGGGCGUCACUCAUCCAGAUGAGGGAGAAGUAGGGAGGUCGGGAGCCGUGAAGGCGAGAUCAGAAAGAUGUGCCACAUCGGGGAGCAGGAUCGGGAUAGGGGGAGAUCGGGGUCGGGGGAGGUGGGAGGAUCGAGGCCCGGGGAGCAGGAUCGGGAUAGAGUGCGAUCGGGGAGCUGAAAGAGGUGCCAGACCGGGGAGCAGGUUCCGGAUAGGGAGACAUCGAGAUCGGGGAAGGUGGGAGGAUCGACGGCCGGGAAGGAGGAUCGGGAUAGAGGGAGAUCGGGAUCCGGGAAAGUGGAUCGAGGCCGGGUCAGUGGGAAGCAGCAUCGAAGUAGACAUCAAGAUGAGCAAGACGCUGGAUUGUGGUAGAGGGAGGUCGGGAUUGGGGAGGCGGGAGCAGAAAGAGAGGGAGAUCGGGAUCGGGGAAGGUGGGAGGAUCGAGGCCGGGUUAGAGGGAAGUGGCAUCGGAGCGGACAUCGAGACGAGCAAGAAGCCAGAUUGGGAUAGAGGGAGGUCGGAAUCGGGGAAGGCGGGAGGAGAAAGAGGUGGUGGUGGAGGCACGAGGUGAAGCGAAGCGGAAGAAAACAGGGAAGUAUGGGAGAACAAUCGGAGAAAAGGCGGAGUUGUCGACCAUAUGGGGGAAGCGGAAGAAUACGGUGAACGGUUUGGGAGCGGGGGGGGGAUGGGGAAGUGAUGCGGAGAUCUUCCACAUGGAUGGGGAGGGGAUGGGGGAAGCGAUGCGGAGAUCUUCCACAUGGAUGUUUCCUACGGCGCUGUGCCACUAACAAAGAGGAUUGGAUUGG